AUCUUGCGUAGGCGUCAAACCCCUUUAUUCAUUCGACUUUUUCUAUCUUCCUUAUCUUGUCUCCCAGUUGACUGUAUCAUCUCUUUCCCCCCCAUUUUUCCCUUGGUCACUGUUACUCUUUACUUUCUUCUAGCAUGUUAGCAUGUCUUGCUUUCUUCUCCAGCCACCUCCAUUCUUCUUGUCCAGGUGGCCGGUCGGAUGGAAGUGGCUGGAGCUGUUAUGUAGUCAAAAGCGUCUAUAUAUCUCCCACCUUUUAGAGUCCGCCUUUCUUCUUUCUUUCUCACUCAUAUCUGUCAAUCCCGAUAUGGGAAUCUCUUGGAUGACUUACGAGAUGCUCAUCUAUGUGCUGAGUCAUAGACGCGUGGGCCUGCGUGUUCUUGAUGUACGUAUAUGCCUUGCGCGUGAAUCUUGUGUGGAUAAAUAGACGUCUCUAGUUAUAUUGUAGAUGAACCGAGAAUAAAUACUAGAGACGGGCGGCAUGAGCAAAAAGGGCCAGGCGAUUCUAUCAGC